GGCGUUUCAGAAAGAGAAGCUCAGAUGGCACACUGGCAGCCUCCCAGCCUUGCAGAACCAGCUCCCUCAACAUGAGACCCAGAGAGCAAGGGAUAGAUUUCAUGAGAGCUAACACCCAACUUUUUGCCUAGUGCAAGGUCCACAUGACAAGCCUCAGCUCGGCAAUUUGUGAAGAAAACGUACCUAAAAGCACUCUGCAAGACCUGCUUAACUGUCUGCGCCAGAGGGAAAUUUCAUGAUCUAAAGGUCGCUCCUCUUCAUUUGUUCCUGCAAAGCUCGGUGUGAAGACAGCUUUCCAGAUCUAGCUCCACCUUCUCGCUGAGGGUCACUAAGUUGCUGAAAACCUCUUUGGACUCCUCAUUCACCUUCUCAAAUCCACAAAAGUCGUGAGCAAACUGCAGGCAAAGGUUCUUCCCAACUCCAUUCAUGGUGAUGGCUGUAACCUCACAACAAGCAAAGUCAAUGUUUUUAUGGCCUUGUAGAUGUUACCAUCCUUCCAAAAUUGUCGCAAGAUUGUUCCUGAUUCAUCACUCGCCUUUACUGCCAGAACAAGGUGUCUUGCACGAUGUUCCCAUUGCAAGGUGCCCAGAUGCUGCAGAUGCUGGAGAAAUCCUUGAGGAAGAGCCUUCCUACAUCCUUAAAGGUUUAUGGGACUGUCUUCCACAUGAAUCAGGGAAACCCAUUCAAGCUAAAGGCCCUGGUGGACAAGUGGCCUGAUUUUAAUACAGUGGUUAUCCGCCCUCAGGAGCAGGACAUGACAGAUGACCUUGAUCACUACACCAAUACUUACCAUAUCUACUCCAAAGACCUCAAAAACUGUCAGGAAUUCCUCAGCUUACCAGAAGUCAUCAAUUGGAAACAGCAUUUGCAGAUCCAAAGUUCACAAUCCAGCCUGAAUGAAGUAAUCCAAAGUCUUGCAGCCACUAAAUCCUUCAAAGUCAAGCGAUCACAAAACAUUCUCUAUAUGGCGAUUGAGGCAAUAAGGGAACUGGCUCCUUCCCUGCUGGAUAUAAAGAACUUAUCACUUAGCGAUGGCAAACCCAAGGCCAUUGACCAAGAGAUGUUUAAACUCUCAUCGUUGGAUCCUACCCACGCUGCCGUGGUGAAUAAGUUCUGGCAUUUCGGUGGCAAUGAGUGGAGCCAGAGAUUCAUCGAGCGCUGUAUCCGGACCUUCCCCAACUUCUGCCUGCUGGGGCCCGAGGGGACCCCUGUGUCCUGGUCCCUGAUGGACCAGACAGGAGAGAUGCGGAUGGGGGGCACCCUACCUGAGUACCGGGCCCAUGGUCUCGUCACCUACGUCAUCUAUUACCAGACCCAGGCUCUGAUCGAACGUGGCUUCCCCGUGUAUUCUCAUGUAGACAAGAAUAACAAAAUUAUGCAGAAAAUGAGUCACAGUCUGAAUCAUAUCCCUGUGCCCUGCGACUGGAACCAGUGGAACUGUGUACCUCUGUGAAGCAGCACUGAAUCCAAGACAGUAUGGGACAGGCCUGAGGAUGCAGCUGGAGGAGCCGAUGGGUGGGUGGAGGGAAAGAACCAAUUGUAAUUGUAAUCAUAGGUAAAGGAGUGGACAUUGUGUGGGUCCUGGGGCAGCAGUGUGAAUAGUCGACAGGACCACCACUGUCGAUGGGCUUGCCUUAGAUAUCUCAGCAUAAGCAUCAUCUGGUCCUCCUGCAGUGGUUUCAUAGUUCCGUUCCCCAUGCUUCCAGGGUCUCUGCCAUGCUUCUUCAUCCGCUACAUGUUGCCCCAAAUGGCUUCCCCUGGGACUCUUCGGGCAUGGGUUGGUAGACCCUUGCCAGGUUUUCCAGGGAGGGCUAAUACUUCCUGGGCAUUACGACUUAGUCCUCUCUUUCUAUGGCUUUUCCCUUAGUGAAGAGCAAGUGGACUCUACUCGUUACGUCUGUAGACAUUAUCCUCUCCUCUGAUUGCUGCUUUACAGGUGUAUUAAAUAUGUUAUAUACAAAUAUAUAUGACAUAUUAUGUUACACAUGAUAUGCAUGAUAUAGCAGGGAGAGUUAUUAAGAAAAAGACUAACUUAUGUUAGCCUGUCCCCCCCCCCCACCCUUCCACUCUGGGGAAAAUGAUUCAAUAUUGUUCCUAAAAGCUGAGCUUCCUAAAGCCACCUGAAACCCUCAAACAAUAAAGAGAUUUUGUGUUUGAUUGUA